GCAGGUAUUCCUUCGCAGCUGAUUGGACAAGCGACGAAAGGGGCGUUUUCUACAAAAUAGCGCCAGAUGUGGUAAAUACACAGCACAACUGUUAAAAGUUAGAUUUUCGGACGUGCAUGUUACGGUUAGCGAUGCGUAAAGUCAAGAAGGAAGUCGUAGAACUGGUGGAAAGUGCGAAACCGAAGCGGAAGAGGCAGAGGACGCGUGGAGACAAGGACGAAGAGCCCAAUGGACCUGCGUGUCUGUCCACCCACCACACUUUCCACGACCCUGGUGACGUCACCCACCUGCGGACUCUCCUGCUCCGCUGGUACGACCUGGAGAAGCGAGAGCUGCAAUGGAGGACAGUGGCGUCGACAGAGGCGGACGUCAACAUAAGGGUCUAUGCAGUGUGGGUGUCCGAGAUCAUGCUGCAGCAGACCCAGGUCGCCACGGUGACGGACUAUUACAACAAAUGGAUGAAGCGUUGGCCUACGGUGUCAGAUCUGGCAGCUGCAACACUUGAGGAGGUAAAUCAGAUGUGGGCGGGCCUUGGUUACUAUUCCAGAGGGAAACGUCUUCAUGAAGGAGCCCAAAAGGUGGUUUCUGAGCUUGACGGACAAAUGCCCGUCACGGUGGACGACCUGCUGAAACAACUGCCAGGGGUGGGCCGCUACACGGCUGCGGCCAUCGGCUCCAUUGCACUGGGACAUGUUACGGGCGCUGUGGACGGCAACGUGAUCCGGGUGCUGUGCCGGAUGAGGGCCAUCGGGGCCGACUGCACGAGUCCUGCAGUCACAGAGGCUCUUUGGAGUCUGGCCAAUACGCUGGUGCACCCUGAGCGCCCGGGGGACUUCAACCAGGCCAUGAUGGAGUUGGGGGCCCGAAUCUGCACUCCCAAGGCGCCUCUGUGCAACCAGUGUCCUGUGCGCUCUCACUGCCUCUCCUACCGCAAGGUUCAUGCCAAGCAAGAGAAGACGUCUAGAAAGCUUUUGGGGAAAGAAGACGUGAAACCUCCGGCACUUCUUGACAUAGAAGACUGCAGGACGGACGGAAUAUGUCCUCUGUGUCCGUCCCAGCCUUGGGAUGAGGAACUGGGGGUCCUCAACUUCCCGAGGAAGCCGGCAAAGAAGCCCCCCCGAGUGGAGCGAACCUUGACGUGCGUGGUGACUCGACACGGACAAGAAGGCGAGGACGAGUUCCUGCUCACGCGAAGACCAAAUAAAGGUUUGCUGGCAGGACUGUGGGAGUUUCCCAGUCGUCUGUUGCAGGAAGAGAAGUCAGAGGAGGAACACAAGGGGGCGCUGUGUGCAGACCUCAGCAGCCUCCUGGGAGUACAAGUGAUUGGCAGCUCCCUCAACUAUGUAGGAGAAGUGGUCCACGUUUUCUCGCACAUCCACCAGACGUACGUUGUCCACACUUUAUGUCUGAGAGACGCCGGCGCACCAACGCAGACCGAAAACGCUCAAUGGCUCAGCAGGUCGGCACUGCAGGAAGCCGCCGUGCCGACAGGGGUGAAAAAGGUUGUCAACCUCUGUGACCUUCAGAAGAAGCACACGUCUGCAGAGACCAAAAGGCGAAAGAAGGGCGACAUAAGAGAAGUCAAGAAGAGACCAAGAGGCGUGAAGAAAGCUACAACUAACAAAAACAAACAACUUUCACUUACGUCUUUCUUUAAGACAACAAAACAGGAACCUUGAUGAAAAAAAUAUAUGAUGCAUUUCUACGUAUAUAGAGUUUGUCUUUAAAUCAUGCUAGUAGUAGUCCCUUUUUUUUAAAAGUCAUGACAUUGCAUUUUGUUUUAAGUAUGUAUUGGUAUUAAAAUUCCACUAAACUGUUUCCAUAGCAAUAGUCAUGAAAAUGCUGUCAUUAUUGUAUGUACUUUAAACCCUUGAUAAUAAAUGUUAUAACUAUU